AUGCGCUACAGAAACUGGGAUGUCCUGCUGUUCCCUGAAGGCUCAAAGGUUCCUAUCCAAGAGUUCAAGACACAAUGCUUUGUGACCAAGGACAAAGACUCGCCCUAUUUACACAGUGCAGUCUUCCUUGGACAUCAUGCACACCAUCCCGAAUCAGCCGUCUUCAACCAGCUGCCAGUUCUCACAACAUUCAUCCCAAGUCUGCCCAAAGACAGUCCGUUCCAAGUCUCAGUUCAUAGUUGGGAGAAGCCACGCCCCAGUGUUCAGAUCGAGUCCAUUAUGGAGCCUGAGGACGUUUUGCUCUUCGAGGUUCGGAUCUUCAUUGAUGGGGUUUUCGCUGCGGGUAGUAUCUAUGGGCAGAGAACUAUUUGGCCACAGAUUAUGGUCCAUGCAGGUCUUGACCGGGAUGGAAACCAAGACACCCUUCGAUUCCCUCCAUUUCAUCCUGAGAUACUACAGCAAAAGCAUUGGGAUGCCGGAGAUUCUCAAGGUAGAAUCAAGAUUGUUAUUGCGGAAGGUUUCUCUCGCCCCAAUCGCUCGCCGCCAUUCGAACGAUACAAGCAUGUCAUCGCUUUUUCUUUCCAGCAUGCGCCACUAGAUGUACUGGAGUUCUCUGAUAUUGCUUGGCCCAAUCCAAAUAUGUGGCUUGCUAUGCCGAACGCAUCCCGGUAUGGAUCGGCAGCAAGAUAUGGCACCUCCAAGGUAGUUGGUGAUGGUGCCCAUGGGCAUUCGCCAAGCAAGCCUUGCAGACCCGAACAUCGAAUUACAAUCACGGCUAACACGAGUAGCCAGUCCAGCAGCAAUGCAGCUACUUACAGCGGUAGCGCUUCAUCAACUUACAAUGCUUGGACCCCUAACCGUGGGUUUCCUAUCCCCUCCAUGCAGUGGAAUGGCUAUCCAGAACCUCGAUGGGACCCGCAUGAUGCAUACAUCGUGGAACCUGUCAUGGAUGCCUUCGUUGAUGAUAGAGCAUGGCGGCAGCGUGGCGCUCGAUCCUCUCGUGAAGACAUCCCAAUGCCAGAUUAUGCUUCCACGGGAUCGACCAGCAGUCGGGCCAUCUCUUCCAGCAUGACUGGGAUGAGCUACGAACACAGCAAGCAGCCUAGCAUCAAUUCCUGCCUUGAGGAUGAGCAAUAUAAUGACCUGAUCCAAACUCUGACACCAACAAAGGCGCCUCCAGUGGGUACUCGCGCACCCUCUAAUACUCCAUCCACUGCCACCACUGCGAUUUCUGCCUCAAAGCUUUCUGCUGCAGCUGAAGCUCGAUCUGCAGGCUACAAUACUCGAAGCCGCCGUGCAUCUGCACUCAGAGAGAUAUCGCAACCAAGCACCCGUGAUGUUUCGGGAUCGAGCGAGCCCAAGAACUUGACUCCAUCCAAGAUUGGAGCGAGUCCAAGCGAUAAAGUCCGGAGCAAAAAAGAGACUCAGAAAGAGACCCAGAAAGAGGCUAGCCAGGAUACCCCCAAAGCACAGUCUAAGAGUAAGGUGUGCAACUCCAAGGACGACGAAAAUGCGCAGGACGAGAAUGAGUCGGUUUUUUAG